GGGUUUGGGCAUAAAUCUGCUGCACCAGUAGUUAAUAUAUGAUCUAAACCCCACAAAACCCGAUACUGUGUGUUCCUAUUGAUGAGCACCGUGUCCCAUUGCAGCCGGACACUGUGCUGAGUAUGCCAUGGUAAUGCUAUGCAUUGCGGCUGUCACUCGGCAUCCUUGUUGCCCCGGGCAGUAGGGCAGGCAACCUGUGCCGUCACUUCCUCCUCUGGUCCCUCGGAUUUGCGUUCCGCCGCAUCACUUCCGUUGCUGUGCGGCUGGCUGCUGUGUCAUGGCGGAGGCCGGCGAGGAAGGGGAUGGCAUUUACCGUUUGCGCUGCUCUAUUCCCGGGCACGAGCUGGACGUGCGGGGCGUCACGCGCUAUCCGCUCACGGCCGGUGAGGGCUUUGUGUCGGUGUCGCGUGAUCGGAGCGCGCGCCUCUGGGGGCCAGACAGUCCUAACAGAGGUUUCAAUGAAUUACAUCGGAUGACCGGGCACAGCAACUUUGUCUCCUGUGUAUGUCUUAUACCUCCAAGUGAAACUUACCCACGUGGAUUAAUUGCUACUGGAGGGAACGACCACAACAUCUGUGUGUUCAGCUUGGAUAACACAAAACCCCUGUAUGUGUUGAAAGGCCACAAAAACACAGUGUGCAGUCUCUCUUCUGGGAAGUUUGGCACGUUGCUGAGUGGAUCUUGGGACACUACUGGAAAAGUGUGGCUAAAUGAAAAGUGUAUGAUGACUUUACAGGGUCAUACAGCUGCUGUAUGGGCAGUGAAGAUUUUGCCCGAGCAAGGUUUGAUGUUGACUGGCUCAGCUGACAAAUCGAUCAAGCUGUGGAAGGCAGGAAGGUGUGAAAAGACUUUUCUAGGACACGAGGACUGUGUUCGAGGGCUGGCAACUCUAAGCAAUAUUGAAUUUCUUUCCUGCUCUAAUGAUGCCAGUGUGAGAAGAUGGCAAAUAACUGGGGAGUGCCUGCAAAUCUAUUAUGGCCAUACUAAUUAUAUCUAUAGCAUAUGUCUCUUUCCAAAUUCUCAAGAUUUUGUGACGACAGCAGAAGACCGAUCUGUUAGAAUCUGGAGAAAAGGAGAGUGUUCACAGACAAUUCGUCUCCCUGCCCAGUCUGUGUGGUGCAGUUGUAUCUUGGAAAAUGGGGAUAUUGUCAUUGGAGCAAGUGACGGUAUAAUCAGAGUAUUUACAAAGUGUCAAGAUCGCACAGCAAGCCCAGAGGAAGUCCAAGCAUUUGAAGAUGAACUCUCUCAAGCUACCAUUGAUCCUAAAACUGGAGAUCUAGGAGAUAUUAAGAUAGAGGACCUGCCUGGAAAAGACCACCUUAUUGAACCUGGAACAAAAGAUGGACAAACACGGCUGAUAAAUGUAGACGGUAAAGUUGAGGCCUACCAGUGGAAUGCUAGUGAAAUGCGCUGGAUGAAGAUUGGGGAUGUGGUGGGGUCUUCAGGAGCAACACAACAAACAUCUGGAAAGGUCUUAUAUGAAGGCAAGGAAUAUGAUUAUGUGUUCACAAUUGAUGUGAAUGAAAGUGGUCCAUCUUUCAAGCUCCCUUAUAAUUGUUCAGACGACCCUUGGCUUGUUGCACACAAUUUCCUACAAAAAAAUGAUCUGAAUCCCAUGUUCUUAGAUCAAGUAGCCAAAUUUAUCAUUGACAACACUAAUGCGCAAACAGUCACCUCUACAACAACUGGAUUUGCAGAUCCAUUCACAGGGGAAGGCCGUUAUAUUCCUGAACGGUCAGCCACCUCUGGUUCGUCAGCUGAUCCAUUUACGGGAGGUAGCCGUUAUGUACCCGGAUCAACAUCACAGUCUAAUUAUUCAGCUGCAGCAGCAGAUCCAUUUACAGGCAGGAAUGCUUACCGAUCAGCUUCUGCUCAAACUCACAACACAUACUUCCCUAAGAAAGAACCUGUGACUUUUGACCAAGCCAAUCCAGCUCAAAUUUUAGGUAAACUGAAAGAAUUAAAUGAUUCUGCUCCUGAGGAACAGAGGAUGCCUGAGGAAGAUUUAAUGAGAAUUGAGAAGCUCUUACAUGUUGUGGUUAAUUCAUCAGGAGAAGUGGCAACAGCUCAACAAUUAGACACACUGUGGAGGGUAGUCAACUGGCCUGAAGAAAUUGUAUUUCCUGCCUUAGAUGUUCUUCGUCUAUGCAUCAAGAAUCCAAUGGUAAAUGAAAUGUUCUGCAAUGAUAAAGAAGGAAGUCAGUUCAGUAGCUACCUCUUAAAGCUAAUGCACCCAGGAGGCAGGCAAGCAAACCAGCUUCUUGCUCUUCGGACAUUAUGCAACUGCUUCUCCUAUGAUCCAGGCACAAAACUCAUGAUGUCACAAAGAGACACUUUAAUCACAAAAGCAAUAGAACUUAAAUCAGUCAAUAAUAAGAAUAUUCACACUGCCUUGGCCACGUUGAUACUUAACUACGCUAUCUGUUUACACAAAGCUGGUGACUUGGAAGGGAAAGCCCAGUGUUUAUCGGCCAUCAGUACAGGUUUAGAAGUUGUUAAAGACCUUGAAGCUUCUUUCCGACUGCUUGUGGCCCUUGGGACCCUAAUCAGCGAUGAUGAAAAUGCUGUGCAGUUAGCCAAGUCCCUUGGAGUAAAUUCUCAAAUUAAAAAAUACAUGUCUGUCACAGAACCGGCCAAAGUUAAUGAGUGUUGUAGGCUUCUUUUAAAUAUACUGUAACUCCAUCUAUAUUUUUUUUUCUACCACUGAAGGAAAAAAUAAACAUAUCAAUGAGGUGUAGUGUUUUCUUAUUACUCUGUACUACGAAUAUAUUGAAGAUAAAAUGCGGUGGAAUGAAUGCCGAUUUAAUGAAGGUUUGUCAUGUUGUAAAAUUAAAUUGGCUGAAAAUAAAAAUUUGCACUGA